UUAGCGAUCUCUAGAGAUACAAAGAAAGCUCUACCUGGUCAACACGUAUAUUGUUUAAUCUUGUGCUGUGAGGAUGAGUGUCCCGCUGUCUGUUGCUGUGACUCUAGGGCUGCUGUUCUUCCUGUCUGCGGGACUGAACGAGCAGGUGGCCGAGGGCUGUAAAUGUCUUCAGAGACACCCUCAACAGGUGUUCUGUGAGUCUGAUAUUGUGAUUCGAGCGAAGGUCAUUGGAAAUGUGGCCAGCACUCUCCCCAACUUGGUUGCAUUCAAUAUCAAAGUUAUCACGAAGUAUAAGCCUUCCAUCAAAAAGGAUAUUCGGGUCAUCUACUCAACGAAAACAUCAUGUGGCGCUCAUCUGGAAAACGGCGAGUAUCUGCUGUCAGGAAAUAUUGUGGAUGGAGUGAUGGUUUUUGGUUUAUGUGAGCUUGUGUGGCGUUGGGACCAACUCUCCUCAGUUCAAAAGGGGAACCUCAGCAUGUAUCAGAGAGGCUGUGUCUGUGAGUGAAACAGUUGUCGUUCUCUCAAACUGUGAUCUCUACAGAUUACAUCCUGUACUGGAGCAUCCUGUUUGACCAAGAAGCCUCAAAGAAAGUGUCUGAUAGGAGUCAAAAAUGCACUCAGUCUUGAUUAUGAAGACGCUCUUCAGGCUGUUUGCCUGCCAUGCAGAGACGGCUCCUGCAAAUGGCAAAAAUGAUUUUUAAAAAAAGCUCCUAAAAAUGACGCCCUGAAGACCAAAUGCAUCCGCCAGUUUUGACAUUUGUUCUUCAGAAUGCUUAGAACAUUCUUAAAUGAAUUUAAACAUUUCACUGGAGCUUUGCAAUGCAGUCAAAUACAUACAAAACUGUUUUCAUGGAGAUAUGCCAUUAACCAUUAAAUUGUUUGGCAUGAAAAA